UCAUCUGUUUCACUCUUGCAGGGUCUGUCAGAUUACAGAAAGGCAGCACUGCAGCCAGGCUGCAGCACUUCAAGAAGCCUCUUAAGCCUCAGUGUUGAUGGGGUUUUGAAAAUCACUUUUAAGGGCUUUUACUCCCAUGCUGAGCAGUCUCCCUUGUAUUCCUGGGGCUCUCUCUUGCCUGGGCUUUUCCACAACAUUUCUCUCCAUCUGGGUUUCUUUGUAAUGAGGUAUCUUUCCUUUUCUUCUUGUAGGGGCUGAGUUCAGAAGGAAAAGGAAUAAGCACACCUGCAGCUGUAGCUAUGACUGCAUGGGUACAAAAGUAUUCUUUGACCACUUCAGUGUCACCUAAAAAGAGGAACCAAGCCCAAGCCAGGGCCCUUGCCAAGACACCUGACACUAUGAACUGGAGAACAACCAUUUAUGUUAUUUUAUUGGUGAGCCUGACUGUAGCCAAAGCCCUGCCUAGAAGUUAUCAGGACAUAGAGGGAAAAACCAGCAUUGGGCAACGCUUUUCUCAGCUACAGGAGAACAACUUUAAAGCCAUCGCCACCAUCAUGUUUGCUCAGUAUGUGCAAGGAGGCACGUUUGGCCAAACAGUGAAAAUGGCUGAAGAUGUCACAGCCCUUGCCAAAGGCUGUGCUGCUGCUGCUCCUGCUGCUGCCAGCGACAGCCCCGACUGCCUGCAGCCUUUGGACAAGAUUUUCCUCGAUACAAUAUGCCAGGAGGACAAUCUUCCCAGGUUUACUGGCUGCUGUGCUAAAAAGGAUCCUGAAAGAAACGACUGCUUCCUCUCCCUUAAAAAUGCAUCAAGAGGGUUCAUUUCACCUUUUGAAAGGCCAAACGCUGAAGCUGCCUGCAAAAAUUAUUCACAGCAUCAACAUCCAUUGACAGCAUAUUUUAUCUACGAGGUUUCCAGAAGGCAUCCUUUCCUCUACGCCCCGACAAUCCUUUCUGUCGCUCCCCGGUACGAGGAGAUGCUGAAGAGCUGCUGUGGAAGUGCUGCAGCCCCGACUGGUGGCCUGGAGGAAUGUUUCCGGAGGCAGGCACCAAAGGUGGUGAAACCAAUAAAAGAGGAUGGCCUGAGGCAGGAACACACCUGUGGAAUCUUGAAGAAGUUUGGAGAAAGGACCUUAAAGGCUCUGAAACUUGUUCAGAUAAGCCAAAAAUUCCCUAAAGCUGAUUUUGUUAGUGUUAGCAAACUUGUGGUGGACAUUGCUAACAUGUACCAGGCCUGCUGCCGUGGGGACAUGCUGGACUGUAUGCAUCAGAGGGAGGAGAUUCUACACUACGUCUGCACCAACCAAGACAUCCUAUCAAGCAAAAUUAAGAAGUGCUGUGAAAAGCCUCUGUUACAAAGAAGUGAAUGCAUAAUUAAUGCAGAAAAUGAUGACAAACCUGCAGACUUGUCCCCCCACAUCAGGGAGUUUAUAAAGGACAAAGGAAUAUGUGAGCGUUUUGCCCAGGAAAAAGACACACACUUAGGCAGGUUUCUGUAUGAAUAUUCCAGGAGACACCCUGAAUUUUCUGCUCAAAUGCUUUUAAGAAUUGGGAAAGGAUAUGAGGACCUCCUGACAGAGUGUUGCAGACCUGGUGCUCCAGAUGGCUGCUGCAGCAGAGGGGAGGAAGAACUGAAGAAACAUAUUUAUGAAACUGAAAGUGUCAUGAAGACAAGCUGUGACAUUUACAAGGAGAAAGGAGAUUACUAUUUCCAAAACGAGCUUCUCAUGAGCUUCACCAAGAAGAUGCCUCAGCUGACAUCUGCAGAGCUGAUCAAAUUCACCAAGCAGAUGACUACAAUUGGCUCCAAAUGCUGCCAGUUGAGCCAGGACAAGCUGCUGCCUUGUGCUGAGGAGAACAUGGAUCUUGUGCUUGGAGAAAUAUGUAGAAGACACCAGACUGAUCCUAUAAACCCAGGAGUUUGCCACUGCUGUAGUAGCUCCUAUGCUCUCAGGAGACCAUGCAUGGGGAAACUGGAAAUUGAUGAGAAUUAUGUGCCUUUAUCCUUGACUCCCGAUCUGUUCACUUUCCAUGAAGACUUGUGCACAGAUGAAGAAGAAAAGUUACAGCACAAGAAGCAGGAGAUGCUCAUCAACCUCCUCAAGUACAAGCCCCAGCUCACCCAGGAGCAGCUGAGCGCGGUGACGGCGGCGUUCGCUGCCAUGCGGGAGCAGUGCUGCGGGGAAGCCAGCCCGGAGGCGUGUUUCACCAAGGAGGGCCCAGAACUUAUAAAAAGAAGUGAAAAAAUGUUGUCAGCAUAAAGAGUUUGUGUAGCACACUGGGAGACACUUGCUGAAGGACAGGAACUCACCCCAUCCUGGCAGUGAGCAUCUUUGUUUGUUUUUUUUCCUAAAUGUUGAUGAAGCAUAAACAGGAGCAUGUGAUUUUGUCCUA